UGCUGCCUUCCUUCUUCUACCUAACCCCUCUCCCCACCUUCUACAUAAGCCCGCCGACGACGACCGCGACUUGUUCCAUCCUUGUCGAUUCUCUCCCCCUUCCUUCCUCCGACCAUGCCCAAUCGCCGCCGGAAACGCGACCUUCCUCCACCUGCUUCUGCUAAAGCCGGCGCCGCCGCCGGCGAGGAGGAGGAGGAGGAGCAGAACAACAACGGCAUCGACAUCAACGACAUGCCCGCCGCCCACAUCCUCGCCUCCCUCGACCACCACCGCGCAAUCCCCUUCCUCCGCCUCAACUCCUCCGCCGCCGCCGAGAAGCCGGAUUUGGACGGGCAAGGGCCGUCCAAGCGCCUUGCCGUCGUUCCUCCGGCUCCAUCGGCCCUGGCGGCGCUGCUGCCGGCGAUGUCGCUCCAGCUGCAGCGGCGGCUGUGGGUCAAGGACCGGUCGAGCGAGUGGUGGGAGCAGCGGAGCAGCGCCAGCUACCCGGACGACGCCUUCCGUCGCGACUUCCGCAUGUCCCGCGCCACCUUCGCCAUGGUCUGCGACGCGCUGGGCGCCGCCGUCGCCAAGGAAGACACCGCCCUCCGCGCCGCCAUCCCCGUCCCGCAACGCGUCGCCGUCUGCGUCUGGCGGCUCGCCACCGGGGAGCCGCUCCGGGAGGUGUCGAAGCGGUUCGGGAUCGGCAUCUCCACCUGCCACAAGCUCGUGCUCGAGGUCAGCGCCGCCAUCCGCUCCAUCCUCAUGCCCCGCUUCCUCCAAUGGGCCUCCACGGCGGAGGCCCAGGCCCGACAAAAGGCCCGCUUCGAGGCCUGCUCCGGCGUGCCGGGCGUCGUGGGCGCCAUGCUCACGGCCCACGUGCCCAUCAUCGCCCCCAAGCUCUCCGUCGCCGCCUACUUCAACCGCCGCCACACGGAGCGCAACGGCAAGACGUCCUACUCCGUCACGCUCCAGGGCGUCGUCGGCCCCGACGGCGCCUUCACCGACGUCUGCAUCGGCUGGCCCGGAUCCAUGCCCGACGACCAGGUGCUCGCCCGCUCCGCGCUCCACAACCGCGCCGCCAACGGCGGCAUGCCCGCCGGGUCAUGGGUCGUCGCCGGCGCCAGCUUCCCGCUCACCGACUGGACGCUCGUGCCCUACACGCACCACAACUUGACAUGGACGCAGCACGCCUUCAACGACAAGGUCGCCGGGAUCCGGCUGGUCGCCGUCCGCGCCUUCCGCCGGCUCAAGGCACGCUGGGUGUGCCUCCAGAAGCGCACCGAGGUCAAGCUCCAGGACCUCCCCGUCGUGCUGGGGGCCUGCUGCGUGCUGCACAACAUCUGCGAGAUCAGAGGGGAGCCGCUCGCGCCGGACCUGCUCAAGACGGAGGCCAUGCUCAAUGACCUGGACGCCGACAACCCCGCCGUGCCCGAGAAUCCGGUCAGGUCCGAGGCCGCAGCCGUUGCCAGGGACAAGAUCGCGCACGACCUGCUCCACCGUGGCCAUGCCGGCACCAGAUUCUUCUGAAUCCCCAAAUCAGUCAAUCAGUUUCAGUGGCCCUGCUUAGAGAAUCAGACAUCAUAGCUCAUAGAUUAUUCUCCUCGAUCUUGAGUUCGUCUUGGUUUAUAAUUUCCAAGUAGAUUCAAUCCAGACAUUCAUUAUCAAAGGUUUUCAUUUUUUAUGUAUACAUAUUUUAUUUUCGGUUUGCUCGUACAAGGGUUUUGACUGGUUAGUUAACUUCAGAUCCACAAGAAAGGAGGAAGAAUAUCAAAAAGAAAGACUAGUUUUAUUUUAUUAUUACAUCAUGUGUUGCAAAGAAAAAAAAAGGAUGUCUUGUUUUGUCUGUGUUGCCUCGUCUAAUAAUGCUAUUUAUACAUUCUUGGA